UGACUAUUCUGUGAGAAUUCCAUGAGUUUGUUCUCAUUUCUGUAUUUCCCAUUUUCCUAUAUUAUAAUCAACAGUAUUUUUAUUAAUUAUCAUUACCUAUCCUUAAUUAUCGAAUUAACACUUAUUUGUAAUUGGUCACACAAUAUGGUACAUUUGCCACCCAUAAAUAACCCAAACAGACCAACCGAUGAUGGACAAAAUAGGAAGAAGAAUUCAUUGAUACGAAGUAGUACGAUAUUUAAAAAUGGCAUGACUUGGUUUGAUCUAGAUACAACAACAGACGCUUAUAACUUAACAUGGCACAAAAAUAUCCCUCUGUACAAACAGGCAGAAGAAUAUAUCAAUUCAAGGAAGGAAUUAGCCGACAAAAGAUUAUUACGUCCGAGGAUGGCUGAUCUUGAUGAGAACAGAAUAUUUUCUGUGGCUAUCGAACCAUUUGAAACCCAAGCUCUUUUCGCCAGAUUAUCGAAUGUAGACAGAAUUGAAAAUGCGCUGAAAGAAGAAUGGAAAAGACUGGAUUUCGAGGAGUCGGAUUUCAAGAAGUCAGUGUUAUCUUACAACAUGUUCAUCAUCUCCAACAAAAUGAAGCGAGAGGUUUCUCAUAAGAAACUUGAGUUCAGCAGAUUAAGAAUUCAGGAGAUUGAACAUAAAAUCAAGGCGAUAAUUGUCGACAUCAAUAGGCUCAGAGAAGUUAUCGUCCAAAUGAAAGAAAACUACAGGAAGCAUAAGAUAUACCAAGAUUUUUGCACAAAAGCAGCUGCUAAAGAAGGAUCUUCUACGCCUUUCUCUCUAAUAAGAAGAUAUUUGGCCAUCAAAGAAGUAGAAAUGAUUGUUUUUGAACGAACUCAAGAAAUUCUAGAUACAUCUGAGUCAAUGCACGAUUAUUUGAAUAUUUUGCAAGCGGAUCGAAAUUUCAUCAUACUAGAUUUGUGUCACAAAUUCAACGAACAGAAAAAUCGUUUCGAUGAAGCUUGCAGAAGAUCGAUGAGAUCACACCAGAUCUAUGGUUUGGUGCGUGACAAUUGCAACACUCGACUGAGGAGGUAUCACAGAAGUAUCGCAGCAAUAUCAGCGAUGUACGAACAACUCCGAAUAAGAAACAUCGAAACCAUAGGUGAACCUGCUCAACAUCCAAGUGACCGUCUUUUGCAAGUCAAUAGAAUACUAGGCGACUGGGAAAAAUUGAGGCCUUCUUUUCAGGAGUUACUUGAAGAGAGGGAGCAAAAACGCAGGAGUCGAGAAAAAGUAUUACAUAGCGAGUUUGUAGUUUGUCUCAAUGAAGUCGAAAGUUCACACGAAAGUUAUUCUGAGGAUACUACAGAUAUAGUAGAAGAUGAUGAUGAUGCUGAUGUCAAGGAAAUUAUAGAAAAGAAAACGUUAUUCAAGCAAUCUUUAGCGGCCUUAGCCAGUUUUUCGGCAUUUAGUGCAAAAGAUAGCGAAUAUUCUGUAGAUACAAUGAGCACAACUCUGACGAACAAGACGAAUGUUAUACCUCAACUACAAUAUAGUAUCCCUUCGGCUGAACUUCUUUUACUUCAGAGGAAAAUAAACGAAAUGAAACCACCACAAUCCAAUGAAAUUUUGUCUUGUUAUGCGAAGAGAAAACAAUAUGAUGAGAGGAGGAGAUUGAACGAAGACAGAAAAAAGGAAGUGUUGACUAAGACGACUUCAAGAAAAUAUAAAUUACCUCGAAAAAAUCGUGUCAAAUACAUAAUCUAAAUAUCGGCAAGUGGUGGAAUUUGAAAUUCAUUUGAAUGAAACAUAUAAUGAACAAAUAUAAGAAAUGAAUCAGUUGAUGAAAAUUGUGAUCGAACAGAUAUAGAUGAUUCCUGAUACAAUCAAUUUGUCUGAAUUAUAGAUGAAGAAUUUUGUAUUUACUUAAGCACUAAAUUAUCUUAGAACUUUUCAGGUUUGUUCUUUUAUCCUUGACAGUUAUUUUUCUAUUUGUUAAUAUUUCUGUUUAUAUAACUAUUUAUAAUCUUUUUACAUAUAUUUAUUAUAUUAUACUAAGUUAUAUGAAUACAUUUUAAAGUA